AUGCGAGGAGAAGAGUGUGAAAUGCUAUUUUCAUCCUCAUCCGAAGAUCAUGAGUUCAUCACUGUGAACAAAAGAGAGUCAAGCCUAAAUCGUGGUGAAGAUCUGGGUGAUGCUUGGAGAAUUGCAGUAUCAGUUAAAGCAUGUGUACAAGGACGCCAAUGUGAUAGCUGUUUAUCUGGCCUCAUUUUACAGUUUACUGUGGGAGAUACACUGAUUUUUCAAGAAGAACCUCCGCCAUAUACAUCACCUGUCAUGCAAAGGUACGAGUCAUUUGAGAAUCCCUUAGCUGGGCCUGGUUCACGCAAUUUUAGAUCCCCCGAAGGGGAGCGGGUGCCUUCAACUGAUGUUCGGUACCCUUCAAGUGUCUCUGGUGCAGAAAACAGACGAAGUGCAUCUUCUAUUGCGCGAGCAGGCUCUGGGCAAAUAUUAAGGUGGAGGAGAAGACAGCAAAAAUCGCAUUUGGGGUGGCACCAUUUCAAGGAAAUUGAUAUCCUCCAUUUGGCAGUAUGGGUCUCAACAAAGAAAAAGGUUGUUUCGAGAUAA